AAGAUGGUCCUUAUGCGGUAUUAAAAACUAGGUUAAACCUUGUCGCGCAGACGGUGAAGUUAAUAUCUUGCUCGACACCAACUUCGCUUCUCGACAAGUACUUAGCGAAAAGCAGCGAUGGAUGAUGAAGACAUACCCCUCGCUGUGGAGCUCAAUGAAACGCCAGGGGAUGAGCGUGAACAAGGCGAAGACGAUAAACAGCAAGAGAAGACGACUGUUCCCGUCACAAUUGUUACUGGAUUCCUUGGCGCCGGCAAGACCACCCUCGUGAAGCACAUCCUCACGGCUGACCACGGCUACCGCAUUGCCGUAAUCCUUAACGAGUACGGCGAGGAUGUGGGCAUUGAGAGCAGCUUUGUGCAGUCAGAGCAGGGCCUGCAAGGCGCAGACGGCGGCUGGGUCGAGCUCACCAACGGCUGCAUGUGCUGCGCCGUCAAGUCCGACUUCCUGCAGGCCCUCGAAUCCCUGCUCGAUCGCCCCGGCGGCCGCGCUUUCGACUACAUCCUCAUCGAGACCUCGGGCCUGGCCAACCCCGGCCCCAUCGCCACAGCGCUCUGGACAGAUGCGGAGCUGGAGUCACGGGUUAACCUGGAUGGCGUGGUGACGGUGGUGGAUGCGGUCAACAUUGACCGGCAGCUGCAUGAGCCGCGGCAGCAGGGGGUGGUAAACGAGGCGCAGCUGCAGCUGGCGUAUGCGGACAUUGUGGUGCUGAAUAAGCUGGACCUAGCUGAGGAGGAGGCGCUGGUACGGGCGGAGGCGGACAUCCGCGCCAUCAACAGCAGCGUCACCAUCGUGCGCACGCAGCGCAGCACCGUGGACCUGGGCCUCAUACUCAACAGGAACGGAUACAGCCACAAAGGCGACCUGUGCCUGCCGCCCAUUGCGGAGGCCGACGACGAGGCGGAAGCAGGGGAGGCCGCGCAGGGCCGCAACGCUGCCGGCGCCGCCUCAACCACCGGCGCCGGGGCGGGUACUGCCACCUCGGAGCGCACCAGCACCGCCGGAGAGGCCCCCAGCGGUCGCCGCCGCUCCACCGGCGUGUCCUGCUGCUCCUCCCGCGCACAUAGCUUCCACGGCAAAUCCGGGCCGGCCGCCAGCUCAAUAGCCGCCGCGGCGGCGGCGGCGGUGGCGGCGGCGAAUGCGUCGAACGGCGGCGGCGAGUCGGCGGAGCUGACACCAUCGGAUUCGCUGACGGCGGCGCCGCCGCUGGUGGCCGCGGCGGUGGCGGCGACGGCAGCGUCUGCGCCUUCUUCGGCGUCGCAGGUCAUGCUGGCACCGGCCCCUGAGGGGGGUGUUCCGGAUCAUGUGCACGAUAGCCAGGUGUCGACGAUCAGCCUGCACUGCGAGCAACCCGUGGAUCUAGACAGGUUCAAGUCGUGGGUGGAUCACCUGCUUUGGGACCGGGAGUCGAGACCAGAGGAGAUCUACCGCAUGAAGGGGCUGCUCUCGGUGGCGGGAAGCGACAAGAAGCACAUGCUGCAGGCGGUCUACGAGCUAUACGAGGUGGUUUCGGGGCCGGAAUGGCAGCCAGGCGAGGCACGUGCCACGCGGAUUGUGCUGAUUGGUCGCAACCUGCGGCCGUCAGCUGUCAAGGCGUCCUGGGCUAGCUUCCUGGAGCAUGAGGAAGGAGGCAAGGAGCUGCACUGAACCCUUUCUUGGUGACGGAGUGCAGGCAUGGCUGUGUCUAGUCGCUGCAGGGAUUGUGCAGCGUCACGGCAUUAUGGCGUACAGUAGGGCGCCAGUAAACGGAGGGUUAUCGUCGGCUGUCAUGCAAUAAUGCUGCCGCGUUAACGAGGAAUUUGAGAACCUAAAGACUGAAGAAAUAGAAACGCUGUGGCGAAACACAGUGAGAAGAUAUCCGCAUUACGGUACCUCGUGCACAUGAGGGCUAUAGUACAGGCUCUCGUACACUUUCGAAGCAAAAGAGGAGUAUGAGGCGCCCGGUUGUUGCGGGCGAGGCAGGCAAACUGAGUUAGGAAGCAGCAUGUUCACAGGAGCACUAUCCUCCAAGGUCCUGGAAGCGCAUACACGUGUGCGGAACCCGACGGCGUGCGUGCGUCGCCAUGCACUGUCACGGUUGGCAUUGCCACAGGUGCUUCCAACUCUCAUCAAGCGUCUGGCAUUAAUCAUAUACACACGGGCGCCUUUGCUUCUUUUUAGGCAGGGGUUAAGCUAUGUUGUACCCUGGGAGAAGGCAUUAUGGACGUUGCACUAUUACCUUCAGGGUCCAUUGGGAAGUUAUGGAUUGGGGGUAAUGUGGGGGUGUGCACGGGUUGGCGAAUGGGCUCUGCUGCAGCCCACUAGGGCUAUGCCUGCACGGAUGGUUUGUUUACCGUACUGUUUGCGCGUGCAAAUUAUACUUGUCGUCGAGGACCACUGGCCAAAACGACAGGAUUUGCGCGUACUAGGGUCUACCGUCAGAGGCGAGAUGGGCUGGCUGAUUUAGGUUUAGGAUUGGAAGGAUGCUCCCAGGAUAGGCGAGGAGGGUACACAGAUGAGCUGAGGCCAAGAGCUGAGGUCAUCAGAGCGCUAUGUUUCUUUUCGAGGCUGAUAAUGGCGUGAUGAUUCCGCUGUUCGCCGGCAGCUAAACGUGAGUUCAGGACAACUCAGUUACACUGUUGGUGCUGCACUUUUGCAUGGUUGUCAGCCAAUCAUGCGCUGUAGUAGAGGGCUUUAGCCGUUGAAUUCGGCACCGUUGCCACGCUGUUUGCUGCAGUACGGCUGCAGCUGUUUGGGGAAAGGCGCGGAAGUUAUUUAGGCCAUGCAGCAGUACGCAGGAGGUAACGUUGGCGUGGCUUCCAAAAUAGGGGGUUUGCGUUGCCGUACAUUGUUGUAAGGACUCGUGUGGCCCUUGAGGAGGUGGGGCCCGUGUUUCCUCCUUUAACACGUUGGGU